AUGAGCCUGUUCAGGAGCAACGCCGGGCAAAAGCUGGCAGCAGACCAAGGAGGUGGACAGCUGCGAAAGAGCACUCAACAUGCCCAGGCUGUCGCGGGCGCUCCGUUUAAAUCCACCACUGUUGGCUGUCAGUCGAGGAGCGAUCGCACGGGACGCAUCCAUCUGGCGGUCGCUACCUGCAGGCCCUCGCCGGCGAAUCAUUCAAGGCGACGGCAGUCGGCGCGGCCAGGACCUUGGACGCCAUACCUUGCCGGCCAGACGCAUCCUCACGCAACCUGCGCAUUCAACUCCGCAAAUAGGCGACAGAAUCAUGUUCCCGCAACCACGGUAGCGUGCUUGCGUGCAUCGAGAAAGGCAGCUCGCGCGGCGACCCCAGCAAAGCCGCCUCCGCCCCAGUCUCUAACCUGGACCAAAGGAACCCGUCUGAACAUCGCCGGAAUUCGCACGCAACCCGGCGACUUUUGCAACGUUCCCGGACCGACCCUGGCAUCGUCGUCAGCGCUUACAUCUCCGAUCAUCUGUCUCCGGCACCCAUCGCCCUCCGGCGCUUCCUGCAAUUUCGCAGCGGGCGCUGAUUAG